AUGUUCAACUUCUCCCUCUUCAAGUCCUCCAAGGAGGAAACCCCCGCCGCCACGUGGAACCCCAACACUCUUACCAUGGAACAGCCCUCGAGUCCCGAGGCUCCUCAUGCCCAGCAGCAGCAGGUUGUUACUGAACAGCCGUCCACCCAGGAACCGAUGCAGAUGGGCCUCCGCGGUGGUAACGGCGGUGGUAUUUGCUGCGGAAUCUGCGCCGGUCUUGCUUGCUUCGAGUGCUGCGAAAUCUGUUGCUAA